UGUCCAAUUUUGCAAAAAGCCGUCUUUUUGACAGCUCGAGAAUGAAGAUUGUUCUCGAUUUUUAGAAAAUGUAUUGUUUUUUUGAUAUGAAAAUGUCGCAAGAAAAAUUAUUGUAGUAACCGUCCCUCCACGGAAAAUCUGUUCCCCAUCACCUUUCCAGAUCAAAACUACCUCCGUUCAAACCAGACUGAUCAAGAUCAUAGAGGUUAUAUUAUAGCUUGUAAAAAUAUAAAAGUCAUUGAACAUAUUAUAGAAAAAAUGUUUUGUUGGGGUAAUGCAACUCAUCAUGAACUCUAUGUAGAAGGGCCUGAGAAUAUUGACUUGAUUAUAAAACCAACGUUAUCAAAGUGGCGGGAGAGUAGUCAUUUGAAGCUGGUGGCUGCAGGGGAAUUCCAUACACUAUACCUCACUAGUCAGGGAUCCCUAUACUCAUGCGGAAGCAACGAAGUUGGUCAACUUGGCCGGAACAGUCAUGGCAAGGAUGGCAAAUCUCCAGUUUUAGUAGAAACAUUCAAAGGAUGCACAUUGACAGCAAUAGCAUGCGGCAUUCAGCAUUCAAUGGCUCUAGAUGAAUGGGGCCAACCAUUCAGUUGGGGCUCUGACACCAUGGGACAGCUUGGUAGUAACCUCGGUGUCGACAGCCAGGACAAACCGAAAAUAGUCAAGUUCCUAGCAACAAAGAAUGUGAUACAAAUUGAUUGUGGUUCAUACCAUUCCGUAGCGUUAACAAAUAAUGGGGAACUUUAUGCAUGGGGUGCGAAUACAUAUGGACAGUGUGGUCUAGGCACUAUGACAAGUAAAGAGACCACUCCACAACCAAUCACAUCCCUGCUGGGUGUACCUAUUGCACUCAUUUCCUGUGGUAACCACCAUACCUUUGCACUUUCCAAAUCCGGCGCCGUAUUUGGUUGGGGGAAAAACACGCACGGACAAUUAGGACUAUCAGACAGGGAAAACAGAUGUUACCCAUCGCAUUUGAAAACAUUGAGGAAUGUUAAGGUGUGUCACAUAGCAUGUGGAGAAGACUUCACGGUGUUCCUCACCCUGGACGGAGGUGUCUUCACGUGUGGCGCGGGGGAGUACGGUCAAACUGGCCACGGCGCAACAAGGGACGAACUUGUGCCUAGAAAGGUGAUGGAGCUAAUGGGCAGUACAGUGACGCAAGUGGCUUGCGGUCGUCGCCACCUGUUGUGCCGAGUCGGGGAUCGAAUCCUGGCCUGCGGGUAUGGCGCCCGGGGGCAACUUGGGUGCCCGCACAUGGCUUUUGCGCUCGUACCUACGCCGAUCCCCUUCACACCUAAUGAUGAGUCGCCGUUCUCACCAGAUACAUUCAGCGGGCCUAUCAAAGUGUUCGCCGGGUGGGACCACAGCUUUCUACUGUUGAACAGUACCGGGCCGGUAGAUUUCAGGAUACCUGACCCCUCCAGACAGAUUCUGACCUUGAGUGUGGCCAGACUGGCUGCCUGCGAGGUGUUCAAGGAAUCUGAUACCGUCAACCAGGACCUGAUGGCUUACCUGGAGACAGUGUUCGGCUCCCUGGCCUGUGUAAACGGGUCAUUCCUCUUGGCCCAGAACGCUCACUACGGCUGCAAUACCAAGGUCCCCGGCGUCGACUUGAAAAGGGCCGAAGAAGCAUUCACGCUUAUCAGCAGAUUUGAGAAUACCUCCAUCAAAGAGCUCAUAUUCAACCAUCUAACAGAGAAUAUAAUAAAGAAGAUGAAGGUGUCGCCGCCGGACGCAGAGGCACUGCGCAUGUUCCUCAUACUGCCACUUUAUCACGAAAUGCGGAACCCGAGGCGACAUCCUGAACUACAGGGACCAUUUGCAGAGGCAUACAACAAGCUAUCGACGCACCCGCAACGGAUAGUACACCUAUGGUGGGAGGCUCAGACGCCGGAGUACUUUGAAAUGCUGGUUGAUAUAUUCAAGAGCGUGAUAGUUUACGAAUUGAUGCAACCCAGCGUUCGAGCCAAUAAGAAAAUCUAUUUCACACACAGCAUAAUACAAAUUCUGAACACAUUGGCGUCGCUGAACAAAAUCAACUUCACGAAUCCGAAGAAGCCCAAAAUACCGGCGGAAUGUUUCUACAUAGACGAACUUUGCAACUAUGUGGACAUUGCUACAGACUACAUUAACUGGCUUUCUGAUCAGGAUUCCUCCCAACCACACAUGUGCAACUACGCCUUCCUAUUCGACGUGACCUGCAAGUCACUUCUACUCAAAAUCGAUCAGCAGAUCCAAAUGCAAAUGGCUAUAAGCCGAGCUGCCACUCAGAUCUUCACUCGGUUGUUUAUGGACCCAACAUAUGAGUACCAUAGAGACCAAUUCCUGAACCUGACGGUGUCUAGAAACCACAUAGUGCGCGACACCAUGCUUCAGAUCAGUAAUCAUGAUACUUCGCAGCUGAAAAAGCCGCUUAGGGUAGAAUUCGUAGGAGAAGAAGCAGAAGACGCAGGUGGUGUUAGGAAAGAGUUCUUCCUUCUACUGCUGAAAGAGAUCUUCGACCCGGUGUACGGCAUGUUCCAGACUUCUGAUGAAACCAACAUGAUUUGGUUCUCCAACAACCCCUUCGAAGAUGACGUCAUGUAUUACUUGAUUGGUGCGAUCUACGGCCUAGCAAUAUACAAUUCGAUAAUAAUCUACGUGCCAUUCCCUCUGGUUCUAUAUAAGAAGUUGCUCGGCGAGUCUGUCAUGUUGGACGACCUCUCAGACAUAUAUCCAACUCUCGCCAACAGUUUGAAGAGCUUGCUGGAUUAUCCUGAUAAUGAUGUUGAAGAGGUGUUCAGCCUGUGCUUCGCGGUGAACACUGUGGUAUUCGACCAGAUUCAUGUCCACCCGCUAAAGGACGACGGCGUUAAUAUACCGGUGACGCAUGAGAACAAACAGGAGUACGUAGAGCUGUACGUAGACUUUCUGCUCAACAAGUCCGUGGAGAAUCAGUUCAAGGCGUUCAACAAAGGCUUCCAGAAGGUAUGCGGCGGCAGAAUAAUAAAGUUGUUCCGUUCGCACGAACUGAUGUCGGUGGUGAUUGGCAACGAGGAGUACGACUGGGACAUGUUCGAGAGCAACUGCGACUACAAGAACGGAUAUUCCGCCACCGAUAAGGAAAUCAGAUGGUUCUGGGAAGUGUUCCACGAGUUGUCGAUUGAGGACAAGAAGAAGUUCCUACUGUUCCUCACGGGCAGCGACAGAGUUCCCGUGCAAGGCAUGAGGGAUAUUAAGAUAAGGAUACAGCCAGUAGCGGACGACAGAUAUUACCCGGUCGCCCACACGUGCUUCAACCUGCUUGACCUCCCCCGGUACAAGACCAAGGAGCGCCUCAAGUACUACCUCACGCAGGCCAUUCAACAGACUCAGGGCUUCUCCCUAGUCUGAACUAAAAACGUCGGCUUACAUUCAUAUAGACUGCGAAACGAAACGUGUUCGGAACGUUGAUCAAUUUGUUGGUCGCUUUGAGAUUGACUAUGACACUUUAUUUGUAAGCAGUACUUGCGUAAGAUGGACCUUUUUUUUUUACAUUGACGCGUGUAAAGUACGAAAAUGCUUCCACUUGCCAACUCAAAGCGAUAAUAUAGUGCAUUACUCUUAACAUUAAUCCCCUAUUUUUGCGACAUUUACUUUCAGUAAAUGACUAGUUUAACACUCGGAAUGCCUUAAAUAAAUUCUAAUUUUAGAGACGCGGGUAAAGUAUAAUUGACAUUAGUUCGGCCGCAAAAUUUCACUAUAUCUUGUUUCACUAUUCUUGUUAGAUAACUUGUUUUACUCGUUGAUUUAGCGUGGCUGGUUAAAGUAACUGUGAGUUACCAGACCAGCACGGGAUGGAAGUAAGCGUUAUUUGGAAGUGUAUUCUAUUUAUUGAAUUUGAUAAGUUACACUUAUCUUGUAUUAGUGAUGCGGUCAAAUGAACUGCACGAAUGCAAAGGCGACAUAUUUUUGCAGAUACUGCAAACUUCGCCUUAAUAAAUGACUAGGUCAUUGAUAUUCGCUUUACUCAAAUUUUUGCUAAAAGUUUUAAUGUUGCCUACCAAACGGUAGGUUACAAUAUAUUAUAAACUUUGUUGGGGACUUGUGUUUUGUAUCAUAGUCAAUCAUUAUUGUUAUUUAAUUUUGUUGAUAUUGGAGUAUUGAAUGGUUUGUAAAACGAUUUUAUAAUAAAGACAACGUGCAUUUAUGCUCACAGACAUAAUAAAUAGUUGUGCAGGGUAACCGUUACUUCAAUUCAAAAGUGAAGUUAAUAACGAUGCAGUAAAUGUUUUAAUCAAUGGAUUCCACUUAUUCAUAAUAAUUAUAUUGAGUUUACAUUUUGCACAAAAAAUGUGGGAUUAAUAUUACAAAAUGCCGUAGUAUGUCACUGCGACGUGAUUCUAUUCCAUAACCGUUUAACACAGAAUGUGGUGAAUAAGAUGUAGCUUUUAAUGAAGGAUCUCGUUUUCUUGUGCAAACUGUGAUUUUAGUUGAUAUCAUGGUUACCACUUUGAUAAUUAUGGUUCUGCCAUGUCAUUUGACAAUAUUUUUAGACAGUGCGACCACAGGGAAUUACAGGCAUCGUUCUUAUGGCCAUCGUACCUUUGCUCAUUAUAAUCAUUGUUUCCGAUACAAAGGUGUAAUCCUAAUUGACGGUGCCGUAAAGUAUGUCUAGUUUGAAGCUUUUAUUACCAAAUAAGUUUUCCAAUAAUUUUAAAUGCUUAUUAUCGCAAAGAAUGUUCAAGUCGAAGCUAUUGUUAUAGUACUUUAAGAAGAUGUUACCCCACAUAAGCGCGGGCGUGGUAUCUCUUAAGUCCACAUAUCUAUUGAGUGGCAACCAUAGGAACAUCACUUAUUUAUUAAACAUCGGACAACAUAUGAAACAAAUUAAUGAUACCUACCUAUUGGACGGUUAUUUUUACUCUCUUGACUCGCUACUACUCUCGAGUAGAGUGUAAAAUGUUCCUUGGUUUCACUUACGCACGUUUUCAAUUGAUUUCGUACAAAAUGACGUAAAGAUCUGGCACGUGGAUUACAUUGACAGCAGCCGCUAGUCUGCACCAUCUCCAUACAUUCUCCAUUUAUAACAACUGUCAAAAAUGACGCAGUUAUCCUGCCGCCGGCGAGUAAACUACAAACUAUCGGCUGUUUUCUCGCACAAGAAACGUUCAAUAGAUAUACAUUCCGUGUAAACGAAAGAGAAGUGUAAACAGAAGGCGAGGUCUCUCUCCUCACUAGUUUAUCGCAGCGACAAGAGCUGUCAAAGAUAAAACUCGUUCAGCGAUGCUCGCCUAACGCUCGGAACUUUUUAUGUGGCGCGAGGAAUCGCCCGUCGCACUCGCAGACUUAUAGUCCAGCGUCAGAAUUAUCGGAACUAUGCUGCUCACCAACUCAUCAAUUUCCAGUUUUACUCGUUUCUCGUUCAUCUUCGGCGGUGGGACAAAUACCUCCCAUAGUAUGCGGCGCUAAUUCCCAUUACUGCCACGCGCCAAAAAUCCUUAUAUCUCUAUAGCUGCAUUGUUAGCUUGUGAGCUCAGAUAUACGCUAGGUAAGAUCGACAUCUCAAUCCUGGUAUCAAGGUAGAGUUACUAUUGAGCCGCCAUAGGCCCCUGACAUGGCUCAUGUACCAACUACAUACUUACUUAGGUAAAUAGUACUCCGAAGCACGAAUCAUCUUACUUUCAGACAAUCGAAUGAUCAGCCUGCAAUGUCUUAACCAAACUAGGAAUCACAAAAGAUUUUUGAUAUUAUGUCUAUUAUAUCCCGACCAGGAUUGCCAACGCUCAACCGCUGCACCACGGGGACCGUCACUUAUCUCCUUAAACUAAUGUAACAAUGUUCGUGUGGUCGCACUGUGCAGUUUUAGUUGCUGACUUGUACAUAUACCAGGGGGGUUAAAAUGUCCACAUCGAAGCAAUUCAUCUAAGAGAGAAAUAUUGCUAUUUGACAUUUGUUUGCAUUGCGCACUUUUAUAAAUAUGCGCAAAUGUCAAAUUGCUACAUUACUUUCUUAGAUGAAUUGCUUCGAUCUGGCCGUUUUAACACCCCAGACGUGUAGUUUGGCUAGAUCGCUUGGGAGCCUUUAUUAGCACCGGUCAAGGCGUAUGGCGUGAGUUGUACACAGUGUAUCUAUGUAUGAUAAAAUAUAUGUUAUUUUCGUACCGAA